AUGGGAGACCCGUACUUUACUUUAAAGCGCAAACUUGAAGAUCUUGGCUAUAAUAAUUCCUUACCGACAGAGGCAGUACCUCUUGUAGAAUGUGUCCUAGCAGAUCUUUUACAAACCACACGCAGUCUGCAGCAUUACAUGGAUUUAUCGAAAGAAGCUAUGAUGCAGCGUGAUUCUCUGAUGAUGGAAGCAGAGCCCUAUAAGUGCGACAACUCCAAAUUAAUACAAGAGAAUAAUCGCCUUCACAGAGAUUACAUGAAACUACGCGAGGAAAAUCUUAGAACUGUCAAAGAGUCUAGGCGAAAAAUAAAGACUUUGUCUGAGGAGCUUAUAAAAAAAGACACAAUGAUUAGCAAAUUACAACAUGAGAUAAGAGACUUAAGCCUUAGAGGAUUGUGUGCUGAUACUUUGAGUUCACGAAAUAAAACUAAAAAGAAAGAUUGGGAAAAUAGUAACAAUAUACCUAAAAUGUGUGUUUGUAAUGAAAGAAAAAAGUCUUUCAAUGAAAAAGAUCUAACAGAAUUGACAAAUAAGAUCCACAUACUAGAGGAAAAGAAUGAAGCCUAUUGUGAUGAAAUAGUGUUAUUAAAAAGUCAAAUUGAACACAGAGAAGAUGAAAUUAUUCGCCUAAACAUGUUGUUAGAAGGUGGCAGACCUAUAACAGCCAUUAACAAAGACUGCUGCAAUGUAAGCUCAAGUGAAAGAAUUCAGAAACUGCUGAAAGAAAUGCAUGACUUAGAAACAAAUAAUGAAGGUUUGAAGAGAGAAAUAGAAAGUGCUUUAGAAAAACAGCAUGAAGCCAUGCUGAGAGCUCUAGAUCUUGCAGAUAAAAAUAAAAAAUUACAAGAAGAGAUUAAGAAAGUUGAUUCUUUAGCUUUGAAAGUUGAAGAAGACUGUAACAAAAGACUAUCUGCUAUGAGUGGCGAGAUAAAAUUUUUGCAGACCAGAAUUGAAGGGUUGAACAUGAAAAAGUCAGAGUUAGAAAAUCAGCUUUCAAGUCAUGCAGAAAAAUUGACCUCACCACAAGUGAAUGAACUUCAAGAAGCCCUUACUUCUUCAGUUAAAGAAAAUGAUGCAUUACAUAAGGAAAUAAAAGAUCUAGUAGAACUAAAUAAAAGCUUGCAGGAAAAGAUUUUGACUUUAUCACAAAUGAGCAGAAGAAUUAGAUGUGAUGAUGAAACUGGUAUUGAUAAAUUAAGGUAUCCUACUAAAUCUGAAUUGCAUAUGUUAUUAGCAGAUGAGAGAAAAAAGAAUGAAAUACAUAUGCGAAGUGUUCAAGAAAAAAUAACUGAAAUAAUGAAUAGUUUUAAUAGUCAUAUGUCUAAAUGUAAGGACAGAGUAAGCCCCACACUAAAAACUUCACAUGAAAAUGCAUUUGUUAGAGAUUUGCAUACUAGAUUAUGUGAAAGUGAACAAAAGAUCUUGAUGUUAAAGAAAGAAAAUGAUGACUUGAAAAUGAAAUCAACUUAUUUUCAAGAGAAUAAUAAACAAAAUUAUAAAGAUGUCAUCAGUCAGCUUAAUUUAGAAAAUUCAGAAUUGUCACAAGAAAACAUAGCUCUAAGCCAGCAGUUGAGCCAGUAUAAGAAUUUAAAUUCUGUAAGACAUUUUGACAAAAGUGAAUCCAGCAGAAAUGAUGUCCAAAAACUUAAAGAUAAAAUAAAGGAACUAUCUAAUGAAAUUCAGUUACUAAAGAAAGACAAACAUGAGUAUAAUCAAAGAUACAAAGAAACUUUGGAAUUAGCUGAAAAAUUAAAAAGGGAUUUAAUCUUUAAACAAAAAGAAAUUGAACAUUUGGAAGAAGAAAAUUGUUCAUACAAAAUGACAAGUAGAAAUGGAAAAGCUUCUAAAGAACAGCUAAAAGAGGAAUGUGAUUUUCUGAGAGAUCAAUUAAAGAAAAUGCAGACAGAUGUAAUCAGAGAAAAAACUAAUGCAAGUCAAAUGAAAAAUAUACAAAUGGAAACAGAAAGAAGCAGUAAUGAGUUACAAAAUGAAUUAUUGAGUGUUCAAAAGAAAUUUAGUCUGUCUAAAGACACAAUUGAAUCUUUAGAUAGAAAAUGUAAAGAAUUGCAAUCGGAAAUAAUAGCUUUACGAAAUGAGAAAUCCAACCUAAUGGAGAGUAUAAAAAAAAUUGAUCAAGAAAGAGAUAAAUUAGUAAUAGAGUUGGACAAUAAGACAGAAUCUGUAAGCUUGCUUGAGCAAAAAUUAAAAUCUCAAUCUUAUGAUCUCAGUAAAAUAGAACACGAAAAUUCAGAUCUGAAAAGAAAAUUAAACAUGAAUAAAGUCACUGAACACAAAUUAGCAGAUCAUGAAACUCAAAUAAGUUUUCUGAAUGGUGAAAUUUUAAGACUCACUCAGCAACUAGAUAGUGCUAUUAUAGAAAAUAAACACUUACAAAACAGUUUAGCUGAUGCUAAUGGCACAUUGAAGGUAACAAGAAUUGAAUAUGAUAAGUCAAAGAGAGAAGUAGAAAGUUUAAAACAACAAUUGCAACAUUAUGUUGCAGAAAUUAGAAGAAUUGAAGAGUUGUUAUCACAAAAAGAAGCUGAGAGGUCUGAUAUGUUAGAACAUUUUGCUAGUCUGUCUGUGGAAGCUAACAUUUUAGAAAAUACUAAUCAUUCACUAGAGAGUGAGUCAGCUUCCAAAUCAGUACAGCUACAAACAUACAUUACUAAGAUUCAAAAUUUAGAAGAGAAAUUAAUAGACAAAGAAAAUUACCUUGAAACCCAAGCUUCCCGUAUUGCUGCAAUGCAAUGUAAAAUAAGUUCAUUGGAAAGUGAAGUCAAACUUAUGUCAGAAGAGAAAGUGGUCCUUGAACAAAAUAUUUCGUAUUUGAAACAGAUGUGCAAUAAUUUACAGUCAGAUCACUGUAAAACUGUUAAAAAUAUGAAUACUGUAGAUUCAGAAUUAAAACUUUAUGAGAAUAGAAUUAAAAAUCUUUCAAAUACUAAGGCUAAAUUAGAAGCAGAUAAAGAUCAAAUAAAAGACAAAUUGGCAACUACUGAAAGAUUACUAUCAAAUGCUAGAAAAGAAAUUGUAGAACUAAAAUUAGCUUUACAAGAUGCUACAUCUGAAACGAAGUCUUUGCAAGAUAGUGUUAACAGACUAAGUAGAGUUGACAUACAUGAGGAAACAUUGACUAAUCAGGAGUUUAUUCUACCUCUGACUCUAGAUGAGAUUCAUGAGGCUAGUCAUGAGGAAGAUGAUAACAGUUCUCUUUACCAUAGCAAAAGCUAUUCUAAGUAUGGUCACAGUGGAACUAUAUGA